AAGAGGCACGAUACACCACACAAAGGACACCAUGAUAACUAAAAGACGCAGCUAUACUUCAUAACCUGGGGAACCGGGAGAUAUUAUUGGUCCAGUCAUCGCCAGAGGAUUGCGCGCUACCCCACCUAAAAAAAAGGACAUUAACGAGGAACUAAUAAUAACUGCACACUGUGAAACGGCAGAUAAUUCUCUUUUCUUGCCCCAACAACAUACGUGAGUCCUGGUCUUUAAUCAGCAGACAGGGAAUAAUAGAGAAGUAAUGGAAUUUGCAGAAGACUUCAACCAGCUUGAACUUCUGAAUACACAUGGACACCUGAUGCCCUGUGGGGCCACAAGCCUGUGGACUGGAGGCAGUGAUGAAGAAGAGGAGCAGGAAGAACACAGUGAGGAUUGGUACCUUCAGAAAGAGGAAAUCCUUAAGGGAAACCCAAGGGAUCUCAUUCUGUGGGCUGCAGAAAACAAUCGUCUUUCAUCAGUAUGCUGGGCGGUGAAUGUUGAUCCUUUGAUCGUGGAUUGGUGUGAUGAAGAUCGUUACACUGCAUUGCACCGUGCAGCAUACAAUGGUCAUGUUGGUGUAGUUGCUGCUUUAGUUGCUGCUGGUGCCAACAUUAAUUCUCGCACUGUUGAUGGCUGGACACCCCUUCACAGUGCUUGUCGAUGGAACCAAGUCAGAGUGACAUGUUUUCUCCUUCAACAUGGUACUGAACUCAAUGCUCAGACAAAUGGUGGGCUUUCAGCACUGCACCUGGCUGCUUCCCAUACCAGCUCAUCAAAGAUGGAGGCUGCCCACUUGCUAGAGCUCCUCCUCUCUCAGCGUCACCUGAAAGCUGGGCUCCACAGCAUCAGUGGGGAAACUGCUAGUGAAUUGGCCCGACGGACUGGCCCUCAUCACUACCUGUUUGAAAUAGUGCGACAAUAUGUCAGUGUGCUUCCCAUUUACUGAACCAAAACAUAUUUUUGUAUACAGUGCAAGUAUUCACAGCACUUCACUUGUUCUACAUUUUAUGUUAAAGCCUCCCAUGAAUACUUUCCUAUGUUGAAGAAAGUCCAGCAGUACCUGGUGGCUCAGAGUAAAGCGGGGUAAAGUGGACUGGACGGACUCUGCUGCAGCCAGUCCGACUGUGAGAAGCACCGAUUCACUUGUGAAGAGUUGUAAACCGUCACUCAGGGACCUGAUCCUCCAUUACACCAACAGUUCAAUUCGGGCGCGCCACGCUGCUCAGCUGGCACUUGCACAUGUCCGGGAUGGCAGCCAAUCACUGCAUAGUGCUCUGUUCUGGGCCAAUAACAGCGGAGGGGCAUCCAGGCUUGAGAAGCAAGCCGGGGCACUGCGUGUGAAGGAUGCAGUCUACUGUGCUGUCAUCUUGUGCGAGUUCCUCAAGGAGCUGGCCGCUCUAACUCAAGAGCACACGUCACUGUGUCAUUUCCACAGAGUCAGGGAGCAGAGGAAUAGACAGUAAAAGUUCCUCCUCCUCUUGGUCUCGGAUUUGUUUGUUCUAUGUAAGAUUCUGUGUCACUGAACAAGUCGUCAACAGCAACAAAGGCAACAUGAUCACAACAGUGUUUUUCUACCAAAAUAAUCACAGGACUGUAGAUGUUUCAUGCCUCUGUAAAUAUUGAUUGUGCACAUUAUGUAGAAUAUUUACAUACUCUACAAAAAUGUCAGUCAACAUUCGAGAUUUGGGAAGCUACACGUAGGCAUACUAAAACAAGUGUACAUAUUGGUGCUAGUAGAAAUUUGAAGUUGAUAGAAAAGAUAGAAAUGUUUUGAUUCCAACAAAGUUCCGACAAACACUAAAAACAUCAAGAUAGAAAAUCGUAAAAAAUAUAUAUUGUAAAGUCCUCAUUCAGAAACGACAAGGAUGAUGAAGUUAUUUUUUGAAUUAAUGUCUAGUUUGCUUGAAAAGACUUUUUAUCAAUGAAGGGGACAAAAACUGGAAAACAAUCACAGCAACCUCAUAUAUUGGACAAUCAUAGGAAUUUUCUUUUAUGUAGCAUUAUUUUAUUUUUGAAUCUGACAUUUUUUGUUUGUAUUUUUUUAAGUCAUAACAUGUGGGUAUGGGAGUGUCUCCCUUUUGAUGUGUUUGUACGUGAUGUUUACCUAAAAACGGUGACUUCUUGCAAACACUAAGCCAUUAACCUGUUGCCAAAAUUGUAAGGCUGCUGUUAUUGUUUGUACCUUUUUACAAGUCAGUCUGGAAGAAUUGCAUUGAAUGUGGUUGUGCCUCACUGCCUUUUGUACUAUGAAUGUUUUGCCACUGAACUGCCAAGAAAACCUGAUGUUUCCAGCAGAAAACUCUAAACUGUCUGUCACACUAUGAGGAAUUGAGGAAAUGCAUGAGUAACGUAAACAAAAUUUUGAUAGCCACUUGUGUCUGUUUUUGUUCUGUAAAAGUCCUUUUCUCAUUUGUUAAAUGUUUUCCUUGUCAGCUGAUGCGCAGUGAGUCAGUCAGAAAGUUUUGUACAUGCUCAAAACUUUACUUGUGUGAAGUGCCUUGAGGCAACUUUGUUGUAAUUUGGCGCUAUAUAAAUGAAAAUAAAUUGAAAUUGACACCA